UAUGAUAGUUUUCUGUCAUCGACUCACCUGUGUCAUUGACAUUGACGUUUGUUUUGACAUUUUUUACAAUUUUUUUAAGAAUGGAAGAAAUAGAUGGAAUUAUCAUUGACUCUUUAAAAAAUCUUCAUUGUGAUUUCGACGAAGAUGUCACCUCUUUAAAACAAUUUGAUGCCGAUAUGAUUGUAACAGCUAUUUCACGCUGUUUGGAAACUAUAAUUCCAGAUACGAAUUUUCCAAAAAAAUUGCCGCCUUCAAUGAGUAACAAACUGAAAAUUAGUUCUAGUCUAGCAGCACAAAUUAAGGAUUUGGGCUAUCGAGAUGAUAUAGGUUAUCAAACGAUUUUGUACUGUAAUGAAGGUGAAGUUCGCAGGAUUUUAAUGUUUCUUAUUGAAAAAUUGCCACGAGAGAGUAGUAAAACUAUUCAUGUUGAACAAACUGGUUAUAUCCCGACUCUAGUUAAAGAAAUUGAACAUAAAGUAAAAAAGUCACUACAGCAGUUGUGGGUGCCUUCUUGUGUUUUACAUAACGGUUAUCGCAAGAGUGAUACUGAAUAUAUUUUCAACAGUUUAGGAAACAGCAGACCUUUGUAUACUAAAACACUUAGAGUUCCAUCUAGUUCAAAGGCUUAUAAUAAUGAGGCCUUGAAACAAUACUGGAUUCACAAUGUUCCUGCCAUCACAAAACAAUGCUCCUCUAAAGAAUUACUACCAUCACUUUUAUUUCAAGAUAGUCUUAUCACUAGUGAAYAUAUUAAUUUAAGACAAUGUUUAAAAAUGUCUUCAAAGACGGAAGAAUUGCCUUCAGAGUUAUUAAUAAGUUCAUCYGAGCUAGUCCAAGCAACUACAAAGGCUGAAUCUGUGAAUGUCACAGAAGCGACUGAGUCAGAAACUGAGAAUAAYUUACAUUCAUUAUUAGAAGAAUUAAAAUUAAGGAAAGAAAAAUGCCUGGAACUUGAAGAUGCUGUAAAAAGUUGCGAAAUACAGCUGAAACAAGCCAUUAAAAUAAAAACAGAAGAUGAAGAAAUGCUCCAAAAUACUCUUGCCCAAGUUAGUUUGAAAUCAAAAACACUUACUGUUAUAAGUAAGGAAGAAAAUCUCCAAAAAUUGAAGAACAUGAUUGAAGCUAGUAAAAAUAAAUUGCUCAAUUUGACCGAACAGUGGAAUCAAAUCCAAACACCACUAUUGGAAGAAUAUAAGUCGUUACAAAAUGCAAUCAGUAAUAAGGAUUUGAAGCGACAACAGGAACAAGAAAAAUUACGAAAACUAGAAGAGACACAAAAGGCWKUAAAAGUUGAUUUGCACGAAAAAACGCAAUUGGAAGAAGAAUUAAGGAGGAAAAUGCAACAAAUUAACAAAACUCACAACAGGUCAGGGUACACAAGGCGAAUUUUGGAAAUUAUUGGUAACAUCAAAAAACAAGAUGAAGAAAUACAAAAAAUACUCAAAGACACUAAAAUGGUCCAACGGGAAAUCAGCAAUUUGACGGGGCAAGUCGACAGGUCUUUCACUCUCGCAGACGAGUUAAUAUUCAGGGAUGCAAAACAAGAUGAAACUGCGAGAAAAGCGUACAAAUUGUUGGCUCAAUUGCGUGACGACUGUUCAAGUAUAAUAAAAGCCGUGACCGAUUUGGGGGCUGUUGAGCGGGAAUGUAGGAAUCUUCAAGAACAAAUUGAUUCAGAAACGGCCAAAGAAAGUGCUGUCAAGUUGGAAAGAGUAAAUAAGGACUUGCAGGAAAUGCGGAAAGAAACAGAACUGUUGCUAAAACAGCGGUAAAAUAGUGCAAUUUUGUUAUGGAUAAAAGACACCAAAAUGUUUUUAUUACUAUUUAUAUUUUUUGUUAUGUAAUUACAAUAUGAAAAAUUA